AUGUCUAGCCCACGACGGCACCAAGACUAUGCGAUUGGGUGGAUAUGCCCGCUGCCGGUGGAGCAAACUGUAGCCUUGUUGAUGUUGGAUGAAACGCACGAUCGCCUCCCACAACAGCCGGCAGACCAGAAUAUCUACACGCUGGGAAGCAUUGAUGACCACAAUAUCGUGAUUGCGGGUUUACAUCAACCCGGCAACAGCCCGGCCGCCACUGUAGUCACUCAAAUGCGAAACACCUUUCCGAAUAUACAUUACGUUCUCUUGGUGGGGAUUGGAGGUGGAGUCCCUGUUAGGACCGAGAGUGAUUGGGUCCGACUGGGAGAUGUGGUUGUUUGCAAACCUAUUGGGGAAUAUCCAGGAGUGGUGCAAUAUGACACUGACAAGGCGGAAGUCGGUCAGUUUAAGCGUAUUGGCGCUCUGCCUCCACCCCCAGUAGUUCUUCUACAGGCAGCACAAGACAUGGAGGUGAAGCGGUCCCUUCUGAAGACACAGGAUGAUCCAAUUGCAAAAUGUCUUCAACGCAUACCUAGUGAUAUACCCGCCCUAAAAAAGUAUCUUUACCCGGGCUUUGCAACAGAUCGCCUCUACCACAAUGACUAUAUCCACAAGCAACCCGGCGUCCCUUGCGACGAGUGCAAGUGUGAUCUUUCGAGGCUCAGGCGACGUGAAGACCCUAAAAAUACGAACCCUAAAUAUAUUCGUGUUCACCGAGGGGUGAUUGCUUCGGGCGGAAUGGUUAUUAAAGAUGCCAACCAAAGAGAUAACUUGGCUGGAAAGUACGGCGUUCUGUGCUUUGAGACAGAGGCUGCAGGAACUCUGGCAGACCUACCUGCCUUGGUGAUCCGUGGGAUCGCAGACUAUUGUGACUCCCAUAAGAAUGACCUGUGGCAUGGGUACGCCGCAGCUACUGCAGCAGCAUACGCUCGCCAGCUCAUUCUCCAUAUGCCAACAUAUAGUCGCUUGAGGUCGGUAUGUGCAACCUGGACAUAUGACGAUAUGUCGCCCAAUAGCCCGGUGGCUAACACAGCAUCGCCGAGCCAGAUAGCCCCUUUGGCGCACUUAUUCCAACAGAUGCAAACACUGCGACUAACGGCUUCUCGCCUCAAGCCGUCCAUAAGUGACCGGCGGAAGGAACUUGUUGCCUGGAUUGGUGGUACAGUGACAGAUGACGAGUAUCACGCAGCUCUAUCGGCGCAAAUACCCGGCACAUGCCGUUGGAUCUUACAGCGCACCCAGUUCAAAGCAUGGGCAGCCUUGACUUCUGAAGUCUCAAAGGUGCUUUGGAUUCGUGGAGGUCCGGGAUGUGGCAAAACCAUUUUGACUGCGAGCAUCAUACGGCAUGUCACAAGUUUACACUCAACCCGCUCAAUUCCAGCAGCGUAUUUCUUCUGCCGGGACGAGGACGAUCGAAAGCGAGAUCUAAACGAGAUUGCACGCUCCUGGGUUCAGCAAAUAGUGAACAAAAUGGAUGACGCAGUAAGUAUGGUAUACCCGCUAUGUGAGCAAAACAAAUCGCGGGCGGCCACCAUGAUGGAAAUUUGGGACAUAUUGUACCGAGUAUGUCAUGGCAUACAUAAUUGUAUGCUCUUUCUGGACGGGUUGGACGAGUGUGUAAUAUCGGGUGAUCCAUGGCAUCAAGAUAAGGCAAGCUUUCUUGCGCGCCUAUGGAGAACAAUAAGUGGAACAACAGCAAGAGUCCUCAUAUCCAGCAGAAGUGAUACAGAGAUCCAUUCUCAAUUUCUCUCAGCCAGCCAGGAUACAAUCACUUUCCUUGAGCACAACAUCGCCAUUGAGGACACCGCACAGGAUAUCAUUGACUACUCAACUAGCAUUGUUAACGAAAGACUUGGGGUAAAUAAAGACCAGGACUUUAUUUCCGAGAUUUCCAAGGAUGUUGCCCGCAAAUGUGAUGGCAUGUUUUUGUGGGUACGGCUUAUGGGGAAACAACUUUUUCCCGGAAAGAAUAAAAAUCAAAUUCGACGCACAUUGGAUAGUAUGCCACAAGGAUUGGAGCAAACGUAUCGAAGAGAGAUACACUCUAUUAUAAAUCUUGGCAUUAGUGAAAAGACGUGGGCCAUUGGAAUCCUCCGGUGGACAUAUUUUGCUGCCCGCCCCCUCACUGUGCGAGAGUUAACAGAGGCACUACUCACAGAAACCAAUACCUUGACCACAUUUCCAUUCCAUGAGAUGCCGGAUACAUGGGACGAAUACUACGUCAAUGAUCAAAUACGAAGAUACUGCCAGUCCCUAAUCGAUAUACGGGGCUCUCCUGCAGCUAGCAUCACAACUCAUACAGUUCACUUCAUACACACAUCAGUGAAGGAAUUCCUUUCUCAGACAAGCAUGUGUGCGAUGGACCAAGGCUUUUCGUUCUCAGAAGUGGCAAAAGAGCAUGAGCUACUCGCUAGAACCUGUCUCACAUACCUUUGUCUCGAUGACGUUGCCGUGGAUGAUCCGUAUGACUUGCGCACCUUACAAGACAUAAAGGAGACGUUCCAAUUUUUGGAAUAUGCAUCCUUGUGUUGGUAUGACCAUAUGUCUCGAAGUGAAAAUGGUCAUUGGAGAUUAGAACAGUUUAUUCGAGUGUUGUUCGAUCCAUCUUCGACUCGCUGGAUGAUGUGGUCAGAAAUGAUUAGCCAAAAUCUAUGGCCAGGUUCUACUCUGCAUCCAAUUAAAGAGCAUAACGGGCCUACUCCUCUCCCUAUAGUAUCAUGUCUUGGCUUGUUGGAUACCGUGAAAUGGCUCCUCUCCCUCGGCUCGGAUAUUGAUGCGACGGUAGGGAGGUUCGGCUCCACACUGCAUUCUGCUGCCGCGCGAUGCCAAAAGAAUACCGCCCAGUUUCUGCUGGAAAAUGGUGCUGAUAGGAAUAAGCAAGGCGGGAUGUAUGGCUAUCCUAUUGUGGCAGCUGCAGCUGCGGCCAAGUAUAAUCCUCGGGAGUCGGCAGACAUCGUGGAUAUGCUUCUCAAAGCCGGAGCGGAUAUUUCCUGCCGUGACCAAACAGGGUGUAGUGCGCUUCAUCAUACUGCAGCUGUGGGAUCUGAAGAAACCUUAAGUAUCCUUCUUCGGAAUGGAGCCACAGUUGACGAUCAUAAUGGUCGCCAACGUACGCCGCUAUUUUUUGCCGCAGCGCACGGCCAUAAGUUGAUCACAGAACUUCUCAUCCAAAGAGGGGCUGAAGUGUCUACCAGAGAUGUACACAACCGAACACCACUUUUUGCCGCUAUUCAAAAUGGUCAUAUACCUAUUGUUGAGGUCCUGACUAAACAUGGUGUCGAUGUAAGGACACAAGACAACGAUGGCCUCACACCGCUACAUAUUGCGGUAGAGUUAGGCCACUCGCAGAUGGUUGAUCUUCUGCUCCGCCAUGGAGCGGAUGCAAAUGCUGCCGACAAGGAUGGAGAGACACCAGUCUAUGUCGCAGCGCUCGGCGGGCACAAUACAAUUCUUCAAAAUUUGAUCCGGCACCAGGGACAAGUCAACUGCAAGGAUUCCCUCGAGGCAUGGACGCCAUUGCACGCAGCCUGUGCAGAGGCAAAAGAGGCCACCACCGUACAGCUCCUGUUAGAUAAUGGAGCGGAGGUGGAUGCUGCUGAUAGCCAUGGGGCUACCCCGUUGUUUUAUGCUGCUGAAAAUGGUUCUCCAGCUAUUAUCGAACUUCUUAUUCAAUACGGUGCACAGGUAAACGCAACAAAGGAAGAUGGUCUGACGCCAAUACAUGCCGCGCUUGGAGGAGUACAACCGUUGGCAGUUGAGGCUCUAUUAAAGCAUGGAGGAUGUAAUCUUACCAGUGACGACUGUGUCUCUCUACGUGGGAAUAGUCCGUUGAUGGUCGCAAUCAUGAAGGAAGAAUAUCACCCUGUUGUCCAACCCCUUGUUAGAGCUGGUGUGUGGGUGAACUCUCGCAAUACUGCGGGGCUAGCACCUAUACAUCUCGCUACACUGGUUGGAGAUGUGGGAAUCCUUGAACUUCUCUUAGAGAAUAAUGCGGCCGUGAACGCUUUGGCUGAUAAAGGCUUCACGCCAUUACAUCUUGCUGUAAGCGAGGGGAAACGGGAUAUCAUUCAGUUAUUAAUAGAUAGUAAUGCGGCCAUAAACGCUUUAACUGAUGAAGGUUUGACGCCAUUACAUGUUGCUGUAAUGGGGGGGAAACGGGAUAUCGUUCAGUUAUUACUAGACAAUGGUGCGGAUGUGAAUGCAGAGAAGAAUGGGAUAACACCGAUAUAUCGAGCUAUUCACAACAAGGACGAGCUCAUUACUACAAGCCUCAUUCGACAUGGCGCUGAGGUAGAUGCACCACUGGCGUUGGCAAUCAAACAAGGUGAUGAGGAUAUAGUUCGAUUUAUCCUCCAGCAUGGGCCAGAAAUUGGUCCAGAAUAUCUGAUCUAUGGUAACCGUUCUGGGCAUGAUCACAUUUUGCAGCUUAUGGUAGAGCACUUUCUUGCAAAGGACGCCAUUGACUAG